AUGGAUAGGGUGAAAGAUUUGGCUUCCAAGAAAGCUGCAGUUGUUUUCACGAAAAGCUCGUGUUGUAUGUGCCAUAGUAUCAAGGCACUAUUUUAUGAUCUUGGUGCAAGUCCUGCGAUUCAUGAAGUUGAUCACGAUGCAGAUAUGGAAUGGGCCCUACAGCGGCUUGGUUGUAAUCCGACCAUCCCUGUAGUGUUUGUAGGUGGUAAAUAUAUAGGUUCAACAAGAGAUGUUAUUUCUCUUCAUGUUGACGGGUCCCUGAAACAAAAGCUCAUUGAAGCACGAGCUAUAUGGUUCUAG